AUGGCCGGUCCGAAGGAAGACCCUACUAGCAGAUGCUGUUUCUCUGUGAUAUGUUUUUUCACCCUCUGUGUCGGUGUCGCUGUAGGCGUCGUCAUCGGCAUGUAUGUCCUGUGUGACGAUCACGGCGACGAUACUACACGGCCACCAACUGUUGAGAUGUAUAGAGACACGAUACCAGAUGAUACUCUACAAGCUAUUCUAAGUGGUGUGAGCAAGACGAAAAUUGAAGAUAAUUUGAGUGUGGUGCGCGAGAUUGGGGGCCAGUUUAGAGGGUAUUCCGGAUUCGGCAGUGUGGUGCGUGAGAUUGGGGGCCAGUUUAGAGGCUAUACCGGAUUUGACUCAGUGGAACAAGGAGCUGGGCCGCAGGAUCUACAAUUACUGGAGGGAUGUUGGUCUGGACGAUGUCCAAACUCGGGAAUACGACGUACUACUGUCCUACCCGACACUGAGAACCCAAACAUAGUGUCGUUGUUAGACAACACUGGAAACCCGAUAUACUCGUCGCCGAAGACGGAGAAAAUACUCACCCCAGAGGAGAACAAAACAGGAGUUGUCCCCCCUUUUUUGGCGUUCGCCAAGGCUGGAGUCGUCCAGGGUGAUCUAGUGUACGUCAACUACGGCCGUGUUGAGGACUACGUCACCCUCUCAAACAACUCCAUCAACGUCACCAACAAGGUCGUCCUUGCUAGAUACGGAGGAAUAUUUAGAGGAGAUAUAGUAAGCAUCGCCAGUCUUCACGGCGCUAGCGGGGUCAUCAUCUACUCCGACCCACACGACUAUGCACCGGACAAUACAACCCGCCCGUACCCUAACUCUUGGUGGCUGCCCCCCUCGGGCACACAGAGAGGCACAAUUGAUACCGGAAAUGGAGAUCCUUUGACCCCGGGGUACCCAGCAACAGAAACUGCCUAUCGUAUCCAGGAGAAAGCGGUCGACCCUCCCCUCCCCUCUAUUCCGGCACAUGCCAUCGAUGCUGAGGUGGCAGAGAAAAUACUCAGCUACCUGGCCGGCCCCCCUGCACCCCCGGAAUGGAGGGGGGAUCUGAAUGUCACAUACAAUCUGGGACCCAGCUUCCGUGAUGGAAUGAAGGUGCAACUUAACGUGUCCACGAGGAACAAACAGAGCAGGAUCUCGGACGUCGUAGGAGUCAUACAAGGUGCAGAGGAGCCAGAUCGCUAUGUAAUACUCGGUAACCAUAGAGACGCGUGGGUGUUUGGAGCCAUGGACCCGUCCGGUGGUACAGCCAUCAUGUUGGAGAUCUCCCGGACUCUCAAACACGCCAUAAACACCACCAGCUGGCGUCCCCGAAGGUCCAUCAUCCUCUGUAGCUGGGACGCCGAGGAGUACGGAUUGUUUGGAUCCACAGAGUUUGUUGAGGAAUACGUGAAGACGCUGACGACCAGGGCGGUGGCGUACCUGAACGUGGAUAUUGCUGUGCAGGGUCAAUACAGCGUCUCCAUUGGUGGAUCCCCUCUACUGUACAGAACAGCACUGUCGGCCACACAACAGGUAUACAUACAUACAUGUGGAGGGGUGGGUGGAUCCCUCUACUGUACAAAACAGCAUUGUCGGCCACACAACAGAUACGGCAACCUGGGCUCAGGGAGUGACUUCACCAACAUGAGGUGUCAAGCCGGUGUCCCCGUCCUCGACUUCUCCUACAUCUACGACGUGACCAAGUGGGACAUAGCUUCCUAUCCCCUGUACCACUCAGAAUACGAGACAUUCUACGCCGUCAAGAAUUUCGUCGAUGGGAACUUUACGUACCAUCGAGCAAUCGGUCAGCUGUGGCUGGCAUUGGCACUAGAGCUUACAGACUCCGCCAUAUUGCCCUUUAACUUGUCUGACUACGCCGAGACUAUGUCCCGACUCAAGGAGCAGCUAGUGGCCGACAAAGGGGACGUCCUGGACAGGUACCUGCCUGGAUAUGACGCCAAUCUGACACAGGUCAUAGAUGAGUUCACGGAAGCGGCGGCCAGUUUCAUGGCGCAAGUGGCCGGCACUAGCACAUCCAAACCCCUUGUCGUCCGCAAGCUGAAUGACCAGCUUCUACAACUAGAGAGAGCGUUCCUCGACCCUCAUGGACUGCCUGGCCGGAGUUACUACAGGCAUAUCCUGUUUGCUCCCAGCAGCCAUAACCAAUAUGCUGCAGCCUCGUUCCCAGGUCUGGUUGACCUUCUUUUUGAUAUUAAAGACUCUGACACCAGCCAAUGGGAGAAGGUCAAGCAACACUUCUCGGUCAUACUCUUUACCAUCCAAUCAGCGACGUCAACAUUGCGUGACGUGAUACAUUUUAUGUGAAGAAGGAAAAGAUCGGCACAAGCUUUUUUGAAUAAAAUAUGAAUUCUUUGAAAA